AUGGAAAACCAGGAGAAAUUGUGGCUUCAAAAAUCCAAGGUUAGAUGGCUUAAGGAAGGGGACAGAUGUUCCAGAUUUUUUCACGUCAUGACCAGGAUCAAGAGAUCCAAAAACACUAUUAGAUGCAUCACUACUGAGGAUGGAGUUGAUAUCAGUGAUCGAGAUCAGAUGGGAUCCUAUUUGGCGGAAUUUUAUGAGACAUUUCACAAGAAAGUAGAACUGGAGGAUCACCCCCAGAUUUUUAACUACAUUCCCAGAAUUCUUCAGGAUUCGGACCAAGAGAUGCUGGAUGCCAUUCCCUCUGAAGAUGUGAUCAAGAGAGCGAUGUGGGACCUCGAUCCGGACAGCUCUCCAAGCCCUGAUGGCUUAACGGGAGUGUUCUUCAGAAAAUGCUGGGAUAUAAUCCAUGACGAUGUCUACAGAGCAGUCAAGGGAUUUUUUUCAUCAGUGCUCAGACGGUUUGGUUUCUCUGGAAAAAUGAUUGGCUGGAUUCAUACCUUGCUUCAGUGGGCCAGGAUUUCAGUGCUCCUGAAUGGCAGUCCUAUAAAGCCUCUAUUGGGUCCUCGUGGUGCUGAUGUCCCUACGCAUCUCUUAUUUGCUGAUGACGUCUUCAUUUUUAUGAACGCUUCUAAGAGGUAUGUUAGAAAUUUGAAGUCUUUCCUUGCUAUCUAUCAAAAAUGCUCUGGACAGUUUUUUAAUUUAGAGAAAAGUAAGUUGUUCUUGGGGAAAAAUCCUUUAGUAAGGAAGCAGUGGAUUGCAGAAGAGUUGGAAAUUCCUUGUUGCAACUUCCAAACAAAAUACCUGGGCGUUGAGAUCUUCCAAAGCCGAGUGAAAAGAGAUCCACUUCUCCCUGUUAUGGACAAAAUUAAAGCCAAGCUGGCUGGCUUGAAGGGCAAACUUUUGUCCAUGGCAGGGAGAGUUGAACUUGUAAAGUCUGUCAUCUCUAGAAUGUCAUUGCACAACUUUUCAGUUUACUGGUGGCCUACUCCUUUAAUCAUGAAUCUUGAAAAGUGGAUGAAGAAUUUUAUAUGGACUGGUGAGAUAGACUCUUUUAAGGCUACCACUAUCAAAUGGGAUACAAUUUUUAAACCCAAGGAUGAGGGGGGUCUUGGCAUCAGAAAGCGUAAGGUUAAUAUGGCUUUAAUUGCCAAACUAGCAUGGUCAAUCAAGGCAGAAGAUUCCCAGCUGAGCAGACUGCUUCAAGCAAGGUUUUUAUCUCGCUCAGGCCUUCUUAGACGCUCUUAUAGGCGCUCUUCCAUUUGGCUGGGUAUAAGAAGAAUGUGGAGAUUUAUUUCGGACAAUGAGAGAUGGAUCAUUGGCAACGGAAGGAAAAUAAAUUUCUGGAACGAUAACUGGCUUGGGCCUAAACCCAUAGGGGUUCUCUUCGAGUUGAACGAAGGGCUUUCCUCAAACCUUAAUCAAACUGUGGCUGACUUUAUUGUUGAUGGUCUUGGGCGCUGCCUCCAGUGCAAUUUGAUUUUCUUGCAGAGAUCUUCCAAAGGAUAG